AUGGGUGGCAUAAUGGGCAAGGAUGGGAAGAUCUCCAAAAAUUACUUCAAAUCGCAGAUGAAAAAGUUUGAUUAUGAGGAGAUCAAGAUGCUCCAGAAGAUAUACAAGGAGCUGGCCAGCAGAUCAAACGUUGAUGGUAUUGAUAAGGAGACCUUCCUGCAGUAUUUUACACUUCCUGGGCUUUGGGGGGAAAGAUUGUUCAGAAAGUUCGACAUAAAAGGUACGGGCCAUGUAGACUUUGACGAUUUUUUACUCUCUAUUUCUAUAUGUUGCCGUGGUACCAAAGCCGAUAAAAUAGCUGUUCUGUAUCAAGUAUUUGACCUAAAUGAAGAUGGAUUGAUCCAAAAGUCAGAGAUUGUAGCAAUGUUGUCAAACUUGCCCAAUUUAGAUAAUUACAUACAGUCGCAACCAAAGUACAACUACAUAUGCCCCAAUGAUUUAUCGGAUGCGGAUUAUGUCUCUGAUGAUUACUUUAAUGAUAUCAAUAACAAUAGUCCCAGUGCUGGUUAUAGACUGGGACCAUCCAGCUUUCAGUCAGUAUUUCCCACAUUUUCAUAUUUGGAUAACAUACCCUCUGAUACUGAUUCUUCUUAUACUCUUUCUUCAGAAUCUGAGAGCUACAAUGAUGAAUACAUAGAUGAAAAUCGACAGUAUCUUCCACAUGAUGAUCCUUCCAUUCCACAUAUUGAACUGCAAUCGCCAAAAGUUGUCACUCGACCAGACGAUAUAACUACUUCAAGGGUGGGGACUCAUAGCAAAAUUUAUGAUAGCUUAAUGGCUCUGCACUUCAAACAAGGGGAGUAUGAUUAUUCAUUGCCCCAAGGUUCUUGUUGCAAGGAUUCUUCGAUUUCCGGUAUGUCCCGUACAGGGCCAGAUACUGAUAUGGAAGAGGGCACUCCCAUGGAUAUGGAUGAUUUAGUGGAAAAGCUGCUCGAGGGUUGUGAAUUUUCGGAGAACAACUCCCUAAAUUUGUUAGAAUUCAAGGCAUGGCUUGAGAAGAACGAGUACAUAAUUCACAUGUUUUCAGAGUGUCUGCAUGAAGAAGUUUGGGGGCUACAGGGCAAUGCAUUUCACCUGUCCAAUAGGAUGUCUCCUGUAUUCAAAGUACAGUCAAUGACCCCAAGCAACGAAGCCCAAGACGAAACAGCGAUUGAUGGUUCUCCGAGUAACAAAGGAGAUUGUCAACUGACCCUCGAGGAUUAUAACAAAAUAAAAAACUUGUUCACCAUUGACAUUAAGCAAAGUUAUGGGCUUAAUGCCAUAGAUCGGAGCAAAAGGGUUGUGAGCGAGGAGAUCGUAGAACAUAUGAAAACAACCAUGAACAAGAAAGUUGAGAUUCAUACCCGUUACACUAGGAAAAAUUCUCCAAUUUGCCUGAAUAAUUUUGACGCAUUUCACCGUGACGCAGAUUUACUUUCCUGUCCAUCGUGCAAAACGCCCUAUCUUUUAUGCUUCAAAUGUCAUUCACGCUAUCGUUCAUUGCACUUGGUAAUCUAUCCAACGCAAAUUUAUAUCGAAUGCGAGACUUGUUUGUUACGCUGUGACCCGGCAUAUACUAGCUGCUGGAUUUGCGCCUGGCAAUUUGAUCAGGCCCUCCACAUAAUUAAUUUACAGUCCCCUGUAUCCAACAAAUCGGCAAGGCGCAUUCCUAUUGAUAAUUUGGAUUUAACUGCAUCAGUGAAUCUAAUUGAUGCUAACAGCUCUGAUUCGCAGCCAUCUCAAAUGAGUCGUGGGACUAGGGACAGUUUUGGGGGUAGUAUGCAGAGCGUGAUAUCCACUGUGGAGAACGCGCUGGACUCUGGCACUAUAACAGUCUCAAAUAUUGGUGGAACAAAUGUAUCUGGUUCUACGCCCAACUCUGGACCUACAAGCUCUGGCUUUAAAAGGCCGAUUAUGUCAGGGAUAUUAUAUAAAAUUGGCAAGCACCUUCACCAGUGGAAGGCACGCUACUAUGUACUGGUAGACAAUAUUUUAUACUAUUACGCAGACAGGUAUUCGUCAAAGCCCCGAGGCUGUAUAUUUCUCGAGGGUUGUUAUUUGGAUAAUGUUUCUGAGCGAAAUGGUACGAUUUAUGAAGGUAAAUACGGGUUUUCUAUUUGUCAUAAGGGUAAGAAAUACUCCCGGAGGGACCUUUACGCUAACAGCAAAGAGAAAAUGCAAAUGUGGAUAGACUCACUGACUUUAGCUAUGAAGCAGCAGAGUCUGACUGAGAUGUACCAAAUGUGUGAGCAGCUAGGCCACGGUAAAUUUUCGGUAGUUUAUCGGGGGGUACAUAAGCAGACUGACAUGGAAUAUGCGAUUAAGAUAAUAGACAAGCGCCUCAUUACAGCCCAAGAGCGAGAGCUCUUGAGGUGUGAAAUGGCUAUUCUAAGACUAUUAAGGCAUCGUAACGUCAUAUUUUUGAAGGAUAUAAUUGACACCAAGGACUCGUUGUAUAUUAUAAUGGAAUUGGUGAGGGGGGGGGAGCUUUACAAUUUUCUCUAUUCCGGGCAGCGACUCACAGAAAUGCAUACGCACAAGAUCGUAAUACAGCUGUUAGAAACGGUGUCAUACCUGCACAAGUGUGGUAUUGUUCACCGUGAUAUCAAGCCUGAAAACAUACUGCUUACGGAUAAAACACCCGAGGCCACCAUUAAGCUGACGGACUUUGGGUUAUCAACCCUAUGUGGACCUAGCGAGAAGCUAACCCAGCCCUGCGGUACAUUGGCAUAUGUUGCCCCGGAGGUGUUGACUUUGGAGGGGUACAAUCACAAGGUAGAUUCGUGGUCAAUUGGCGUGGUGAUGUAUUUGCUGAUAAGGGGCCGUCUGCCAUUUUCUAUUAACCACAGAAGCACGACUAAGCCUGAGAACCUGCAGGUAUCAUUCGAGGGGUCUGUAUGGGACCAGAUCUCCUCCUCUGCCAAAGAUCUGAUAGCCAAGCUCCUUCAACCCAGUCCUGAGAACAGAAUCAGCGUAACCGAAGCACUGGACCAUAUAUGGGUUAAGAAUCCCACAGCGGUAAUACAAGAAACUCCUUUACCCAGGACGAACGAAGAUUCCAACGAUACAGCAUCGUCGCUAUUGCGAUCUCUGGAUAACUCUAACGACAGCACUUUUGUGAUACAAGACGUGGCUAAUAUGAUCAAAAAUACCUCUAAAGAUUCCAACAUGGGUAGUUUAAAGGGGGAUAAGCAGCUGAAGGAGAAGCUGGGAAUGACGUUAGACACGGUGAAGGAACCCGAAGGGGCCAUAGCUAUAAAUGCUGAAGACCAGAAUAUCGUUGUUAAGACGGACAAUAGCACAUCUGGGGACGAAUCUGCUCUCAGUACAUAG